AGUCGACAUGAGACUUCUCGGCUUCCCCGAGAGAUUUCCUCGCCUUUUUUGUCGACUGUUUUAGAUAGCCAGGCGAGCUUUCUUGCGCAUACGUACGUAGAUCUCUUGGUGCUUCGGCACUUCGAGGUUUAGGGUCGGAACGUUCUCAGCACUGCUGAAGCUUAAGAAGAAAGGGGCGUGCACGCCCUGGCCUUCAGUUUGCUCCGCCAUUUAUCUUUUUGACGAUCGCUUUACAAAUCCUCCUUUUUUGCUCUGCCUCUUGUUCCCCGGGCCCAACUGGCACCAAGCAGUUUUUUUUCCGGUUUUUUUUUCCGGUCUAGGUUUAGGUAGGCCCCCACCGCCGCCGGCACGGGAUGGCUGUCGUCGCGACCGUCUCACCUACGAUCUACGCCUUCUCCUGCUGCACAAGUUCGAUCCGGAAAGGGUUUAGGUUAGGUUUCAGGGUUUAGGAUAUCAACCUUAAAGGUGUAUGUUUUCGUUUUUCGGAUUUCUCUUCUGCUAUUGACCACGCCACGUUCUCACCGCCACCGCGGAGAAAGAGAGGAGCCAUGAGUUCUCGCUUCGAUCGAGGAGAACGAAGCUUUUUCUACUCGCUUCCGCAGUCGCUGAGAACGCUGCUUAAUAUCAUGACGGCAAGUCGUAGUCGGGUGCUUUCGUCCGUCUUCGUUCCCAUCUUCUCCAAAAAUGUCGCGGCCGAGACGGUCGUUCCGCAAUUCUCUGCUAAAGCAGGGCAAGGACCACGGCAUGUAGAACUAGAGCAGAGACGAGGAACCAGCACGACGAGCAGAAAGAUAAAGUCACCGUCUUCUAGCUCUACUUUCACACAAGAAGAAAAAGCAGAACGACACAGCAGCACCAGCGGCGACGGCGAACCGAUCUCCCGGCCCGGCCGCGACGGCACGGCGGUGACGGUGGAGGAAUCCAAGCACCUCGCCAAGACUUUCUCCGCGAAUAUGGGAGCCUACCUGCGGCACCGCCGGGCCGCCGACGAGGCGUCGUGGCGCGAAGUUGCGGCGCUGGACGACACUGUUGUGGACAAAGCGAUCUUGCUGCGGAAACCCCUCCAGGGGCAACACGCGGUGUCGCGCAUCCCGCCGGACUGCGACGCGCCCGCCGGCGGGUGCGUCUUCCCCGGUGUGAUGGCCAGCGACAACGGGCAGGGCACGCGGAUGCAGCACUGGGACAGCGGCCAGAACGCCAUGGUCAAGGACGAGGCGCUGAACGGCCCGGGGGCGGCCCACGUGGGCAUGAGUUGGGACGUGGGGCUGGUGUACUUCCACAGCCAGAUGCUGGGGACGUUCUUCGAAAAGUCCUACCACAACUCCGUCCUCGGCCCCGGCGCGCAGAUCUGGCGGAACCCCCGGUGCGGGCGCAACUGGGAGUACGUCCCCGGCGAGGACCCCAUCCUGGGCACGCUGCUGGUCGAGGCCUGGACGCUGGGCUACAACUCGCGGCAGGUGGCGCCGAUCUGGAAGCACUACAUCUCCAACGACAUGGAGCAGGACCGGAUGCUGAAGAAGGGCAAGCUGCAGGUGCCCUGGGCCGUGCAGAUGGACCUGCACCUGAAGCCCUUCGUCGCGGGCAGCAACAUCGGCGCGGCCGCCAGCAUGUGCGGCUACCACUGGCUGGUGGACCCGGAAAAAGCGUUUGAUGACAGUGAACCGGUGUCGAUGUGCUACGACAAGCGGAACAAGUGGCUGUACGAGAACUCCCCGCGGACCUUCAUCAUGACGGACUACCCGGCGUCGCAGAUGGUGGUGGAGUACGUGAAGGACGCGAACUGGAACCCGCCGGAGGAGUCCGCCUCCGCGUCCGGCCACUCCUGGGCCAAUUGGGGCACGUACGCGCAGCCGCUGGAGUACGAGCACCGCACGGCGUCCGAGCAGUUUGCGCAAUCGGAGGGGAUCGCGGAGGAGGACAACGGCCACCAGGUGAUGGCCCGCGAGCUCGUUUUGGCGCCGCGCUCCAAGAAGAACCGGUACUUGGCUGGGUUUGUGGGGUUCGGCAAGGACCUCGGGUUCGGCAAGGACACGCCGUCCCGGAGUUUCACCACCGCGGAGAACCCAACCUACUGGAUGAACGAAAUGAGCGAGCAGGACCGGAAGAACCACUACAAGUACGUCUCCCGCACGAUCGCCGAGUCGAUUGUGUUGCUGAAGAACGACCGCAACAUGCUCCCGUUGGACCCCAACGCGGGUGAGAAAAUCGAGCUGGACGGCUCCUGCACCGGGGAGGAGAAUGCGAGGAAACUGACCAGCACGGGUUCGGGGGAAAUGCACAAGCAUUUGAAGGAGACGCGGGCGGAAACGGCGUUCGGCGACUUCGUGGAAACCCGCCCCGGUUUCGCGCGGGUCAAGCUGGUGUGCGUGAUCCGCCCGGCGGGGGAGGGGGCGGAUGAGCCGACGAUCGACACCCCCAAGCCGGCAAACGUGGACGGCAAAACGUGCGUGUUCGUCUCCUCGUUCGGGGGCGCCGCCAUUGCCUGGGCGCACGAGGUGCCCUGCCUGCUGUACGCGAUCGCGCCCAGCGUCCACGGCUUCAACGGGCUGUUUUACCUGCUGUUCGGCUACGUGAACGCGGGCGCGCACUUGAUCCAGUCCAUCGUGGGGCACGACGCGGACCUGCCGUUCGCGCAGAACCAACCGGCGCUCGCCGACGGGGCGUCCGGGCGGGAGCACGGGUACACGCUGAUCCAGGCGACGGGCCGCGUGCCGGCUUUCGAGUUCGGGUUCGGGCUGCCGUUCGGCGUGGGCGGCCACGGGUGGGAGACGCUGGUGACGCUGGUCCCCGUGCAGCACGAGCGGAACCUGCGCCGCAUCGCGUUCUGCUUCGCCAGCGCGCAGGAGCAAGCGGACUUUUACCCGCUGCCCAGUCCUACGGCGAUGUUCUGGUACCAGAUCCGGGGGCGCAGUUGGAAAGCGCUGCUGACCUUUUCCAAAUUCCGCCACCUACCCGUCGGCGAAACGCGCUGCCAGGCGGUCUACUACGACCCGGUGGCGGAGUGGGAAGGGGGCAACGACGACGGCCUGUACUUCCCCAUGAACGACUACCAGCUCUUCUACUCCCUGUCCGGCUACUCUAGCGCGACUGCCUGGCCCGCCGACAAGGAGCAGGGCGGGGCGGCGCUGGCCACCGGGUUCCAGCGAAACGAGUACCCCUUCUACGUGUGGGAGCGGCACCUGGCCAACCAGCUGGAGCAGGGCCUGGAGGAGGAGGCGACGGGAAAAAUUUUUCACGGCAGUGGGCGCACGGAGGCGAGCGUGGUCAGCGCGUGGCAGGAUGUCAUCGGUCUGCCGGACGUCAAACUGGAAGGCGAUACACGAGAAAGCCGAUGAGUUUUCUUUUUGGGAUAGAGAUCAAGUAUAGGACCAGAAGCCGUGAAAGUGAAUCGAUCUUGCUUCAUCUGCUUCUUUUUUCUCAGAAGGGGGUUCGUUUUUUAGUAAACUGCCUUCUCCAGGACUAGGCAAAGCGAUGCUAGUAGAAUCAUAUGCAUGACAUGAGGUUUUUGAAAUUUAAGCGUUAAGUUUCACUCCGCAUUCAGUAGUAAGAAAGUCAUCGUUCCACCUGUAUUGGUUACCGUAAAAAGAAGUUCGUACCGGCGUGCUUUUUCUGUUAUAACGUUGCUGGCAAUGAGAAUGGCAUGAUCUAGUAAAUAUGUACACCCACACACACAACAUGAGUUCUUCUACUUUCAUCUCAAUUUUGAAAUAGUAAU